UCCUCUCUCUCCGGACGUCUUCCAACAUCCCUCGCCGCAGUCCCCCACCGCUGCCGCCUAGCACGAGUCCGAGUAGACGCUCCGCUGCCCCGCAUCUCGGCCUCCGUGGCGGUGGCGGGCUGCUCGCCGCCGCCGCCUGCCACCGGCCAUCCUCCUCCCGAGCCCCAUGUUGUCCUGUUGUUCUAUCCUAUUUUGCACUGCUGGUUGUCCUGCUCUUCCAGCUGAUUGCAGUGGUGUUCUUCUCGCAGUUUGAAGAUGGAUUUGAAGGACAGCCUCUCCAGAUUUAAGCAGCAACAGGAGAGGUGCCAGUCAUCUUUGGCCAGCAUAGCUGCAAGCCAAGCUUCAACCACAAAACCAAAGCACAGGGCCCAACCGAUUAAUGCUCCAUCUGCUCCAGCAAGGCCUGCACAACCUAUUAAAUUUUCAAACGAUACAGAAAGGCUGCAACAUAUUAAUUCGAUUAGGAAAUCUCCUGUUGGGGCACAGAUCAAACUUGUCAUUGAACUGCUUUACAAGACAAGACAAGCUUUUACGGCAGAGCAGAUAAAUGAUGCAACUUACGUUGAUAUCAAUGCUAAUAAGGCUGUCUUUGACAGUCUGAGGAAUAACCUCAAAGUACAGUAUGAUGGGAGGCGUUUCUCGUACAAGUCCAAGCAUGAUCUGGAGGGGAAAGAUCAACUACUUGAUUUGAUAAGGUGUCACCAGGAGGGUCUUGCUGUUGUGGAAGUGAAGGAUGCAUACCCAAGUGUGUUGGAAGAUUUGCAGGUGAGAAUAUGUGACCCUAAUUCUCCUGAAGGUGAUAUACUUUGUGGUUUCUUGGUUAACCAGUUGCUAGUUAACUGUUUAUGGUACCCAGACUUUGUAAUGUUUCAAUCAAUCUUGCAGCCAUGUGCCUAAAGCUUGGUUUAUCCCCAAUCUACUUGGAUAUUUGUUGUUUCACCCAAUGGUACUUUAUAUUUCUCAUUUUAACUCUGGACUUCAGAGUACCACGAUGGGAGGUUUAGUGGUCACUCAUGUUUCUUAGCAUCUAGACCUGGUAAAAUUACCAAUGGCAUACCUUGUUGAAAUGCUGUCAGUACUCCUGGACAGUUUUGAGGUACCAUGAGUUGUGUUGACAUCAUGAGAAUAUUCGUUUAUGUAGGAAGUUUCCAAGUAAUUCUGUAAGAGGGCACAAAUCAGUCCUGCUAGCUCUGAACAACAAGAGGGCUCCGUAAAUAACAGUUGUUUCAUAUGGGUUUCUUUUGGUCUGGUAGCAUAUCUAUUGCCUGUUCAACUUGGUUUCAUACGAGUUUAAUCGCCCUUAAAUUUUGUUAAAUAUGUGGUGCCUAUUGAAGUAUUAAAGGUAAAUUUUAAUUUUAGAGUGCAUGUGUUUCUGUACAUAUGUUUUUUUAUGAUGGGUAAUC